GAUAAAAGCGCGGGCUGUAUGAAGAAACCUAUUUCGACGUAACUUGGCUACUUGGGCCGAUGUUGUGCUAAUACGUAUAUUUUUUUAAGUAUGAACUAAAUGAAGAAUAGCUAUGGCGUUUCAGCGGUCGAAGGUCGCUCCCAAUUCAUCAUCAAAUAAAAACAACAGCGGAGAGUCAAGGUUAAUUUCAAAUCUACAGUCCGUGUUUGGUGAGGGUGGUUCAGACCUGCGCCUACAAACUGCUCUUGAAAACGAUGCUAUUGAUUUGAAGUAUGGAUUUGGACGAUACAAAGAGCACUCUGAAAAAGUUGGAUGGCUUCUUAAUAUGCACUCAACUGAAAUCCUUGAUGAAGACAAGAGACUGCUGAGUGCUGUGGACUUCUACUUUUUGGAGGAAGAUGGCUCCAGAUUCAAGGUUUCGAUGCCAUAUCGGCCAUAUUUCUAUGUCAUCACUGCACCUGAGGUGUUGAGGGACAUCACAACAUUUCUUAGUAAAAAAUUCGCAGGCCAGAUUGCAUCAGUUGAAAUUGUCAAGAAAGAAGACCUUGAUUUGGAUAAUCACUUGACCGGCCUGAAGCGCACCCUCAUCAAACUCUCCUUCUUGACAAACAAUGACCUCAUGAAGGUGAAGCAGCCUCUGCUGGCUGUGGUGCGCCGCAAUCGAGAGGCGGCCAAGAACCGCAGCGUCUACGCCGACCUCCUCAAGAAGCCGGACAACUCCUCCACUGACAGCCACAAGUCCCAGCAAGACAACUUGGAUCACAUCAUCGACAUCAGGGAGUACGACGUGCCUUACCACGUGCGUGUGUCCAUCGACCUGCGGGUGACGGUGGGCCGAUGGUACAGCGUGCGCGGUUCCUCCCCUCCAGUCAUCACGCCCAGGCCUGACCUCCUCGUCUGGCCGGACUGCAUCGUCCUUGCUUAUGAUAUCGAGACCACGAAACUCCCUCUCAAGUUCCCGGAUAGUUCUUCCGACCAGAUCAUGAUGAUCUCUUACAUGAUAGACGGACAGGGCUUUCUGAUCACCAAUCGGGAGAUCGUGAGUGAAGAUGUUGAGGAUUUCGAGUACACGCCGCGGCCUGAGUUUGAGGGACCUUUUGUGGUCUUCAAUGAGCAGAACGAGAUGGCGCUGCUGCAGCGAUUUUUCGAUCACAUCAUGGAGGUUCGUCCGCAUAUCUUCGUGACGUACAACGGAGAUUUCUUUGAUUGGUCAUUUGUGGAGUCCCGCGCAGGCUUCCAUGGAAUCAGUAUGCUUACAGAGAUCGGCUUCUCGCGCAACUCUGCUGGCAAUUACAUCAGCAGACCUGCGAUCCACAUGGACUGUUUCUGUUGGGUGAAACGAGAUUCCUACCUUCCCAUGGGUUCACAGAAUCUAAAGGCUGUUGCAAAAGCAAAACUUCGCUACGAUCCUGUAGAACUUGACCCUGAGGACAUGUGUAAGCUUGCAGCGGAUCAGCCUCAGGUGCUAGCUAAUUACUCAGUGUCGGAUGCUGUAGCAACUUAUUACCUCUACAUGAAGUAUGUUCACCCCUUCAUUUUUGCUCUGUGCACCAUCAUUCCUAUGGAGCCUGAUGAGGUUUUGCGAAAAGGCUCUGGAACUCUGUGCGAGGCGCUGCUGAUGGUUGAAGCAUACCAUGCAAACAUCAUCUAUCCAAACAAACAGGAAAGUUCGCUGGUACCUACAACUGAAGACGGCAAACUGCUCGAUCAAGAAACAUACGUGGGCGGUCAUGUAGAGGCAAUUGAAUCUGGAGUUUUCAGAGCAGAUAUUCCUUGUCGCUUCCGCAUGGUACCUGAAGCAUUCCAAAACCUCUUGGACAAUUUAGAUCGAACUCUGAAGUUUACCCUGGAGGUUGAAGAAGGGGUUCCUUUAACAGAUGUCACUAACUAUGAUGAAGUGGCUCAGGAGAUUCGUGCUAAACUUGAAGAUCUCCGGGACACACCCAACAGACUUGAGAAUCCUUUGAUUUAUCACUUGGACGUUGGUGCGAUGUACCCAAAUAUUAUAUUGACUAACAGACUCCAACCUUCUGCAAUGGUUUCAGAAGAGACGUGCGCGGCGUGUGACUUCAACAAGCCUGGCAGCUGCUGCCAGAGGCGCAUGACUUGGCUGUGGCGCGGCGAAGUGAUGCCUGCCAGCCGCGCUGAGGUGCAGCGAGCACAACAUCAGCUGCAGACGGAGCGUUUUCCGCCACUCGUGCCUGGACAGCCUCACAGGGCUUUCCAUCAGCUCACUAAAGAAGAGCAGGCCGCGGUGACAAAGAAACGCCUGCAGGAAUACUGCCGCAUCGCGUACAAGCGCCUGCACGUGACGCGACUAGAAGAGCGUCAGCAGACCAUCUGCCAGCGCGAGAAUCCCUUCUACGUAAACACGGUGCUCAGCUUCAGGGAUCGUCGCUACGAGUAUAAGGGCCUUGCCAAGUCAUCUAAAAAAGAAGUUGCUGACGCUAUGGCUAAGGGUGACCUCGGCGAGAUCAAGGCUGCCAACUCGAAGGCAGUGCUAUACGAUUCCCUGCAGCUUGCACACAAGUGUAUCCUGAACUCCUUCUAUGGCUAUGUCAUGAGGAAAGGAUCUCGCUGGCACUCCAUGGAGAUGGCGGGUAUUGUGUGCCACACGGGCUCUACUAUCAUCACAAAGAGCAGAGAGAUCAUCGAACAGAUCGGACGGCCGCUCGAAUUGGACACUGAUGGCAUUUGGUGCAUCUUGCCAGCAUCAUUUCCCGAAAAUUUUGUUUUCAAAACCACUCACGCGAAGAAAAGCAAGGUUACUAUAUCUUAUCCCGGUGCUAUCCUCAAUGUGAUGGUGAAGGAUCACUACACCAACGACCAGUACCACGAUCAGGAUCCCAAUGACAAGAUGAAGUACCACGUACGCUCAGAAAAUUCUAUAUUUUUUGAGGUUGAUGGUCCAUACCUUGCAAUGAUCCUGCCGGCUUCCAAAGAAGAAGGAAAAAAGUUGAAGAAGCGCUACGCAGUCUUCAAUUUUGACGGCUCGUUGGCCGAGCUUAAAGGCUUCGAAGUGAAAAGACGAGGAGAGUUGCAACUCAUCAAAAUUUUUCAAUCUUCAGUUUUCGAAGCUUUUCUUAAAGGAGAUUCAUUGAAAGAAGUUUACGAUAGUGUUGCAAAGGUUGCUGACUACUGGCUGGACGUGCUCUACAGUCGCGCUGCCAACAUGCCCGACUCGGAGCUCUUUGAUCUUAUCUCCGAAAAUCGUUCCAUGAGUCGCAAGCUUGAAGAGUAUGGCGCUCAGAAGUCGACGUCUAUUUCUACCGCUCGUAGGUUGGCUGAGUUCUUGGGUGAUCAGAUGGUGAAAGAUGCUGGCUUGAGUUGCAAGUUUAUCAUCUCUAAAAAACCUGAUGGUGCUCCAGUCACGGAGCGCGCUAUUCCUCUGGCGAUCUUUCAAGCUGAGCCUUCUGUAAGGCAGCACUACCUGAGGAGGUGGCUCAAGGACUCUAGUCUCACUAGCUUUGACUUGCGUGAUAUACUGGACUGGGAUUACUACAUUGAGAGGCUUUCGGGCACCGUCCAGAAAAUUAUAACAAUUCCAGCUGCUCUGCAAGGUUGCGCCAAUCCCGUACCCCGCGUGGCUCACCCUGACUGGCUACACAAAAAAGUGUUGGAGAGGAACGACACACUAAAGCAAAGACGAAUCACUGACAUGUUCAGUGUCGUUGCCAAAGCGCUGCCCGACGUGCAAAAUGACAACAAUGAUACCGCACCAGACAUAGAAGACAUGGCUACUGAACGCGGUGAAGCUGGCCUGGCUGUUCCGCGAGUAACUUUGUCGAAGAAACGCAAGAGGGAAGAGGUCGUGGGCGAAGAUGAACUUGCUAAGUCAUGGCGAGAUGUUCUGGGCGAUCCUCCUAGCAAAGGAACGACACGAGCCGAGUUGCAGGAAUGGAUUAGAUUUCAGAAGCGUAAGUGGGCAUUACAACGCAGUCAAAAAUGCAACGACAGAUCGAAGCGACCUAACCUUGGUCUUGGCGAUGCAGCGCAGUGUAGCGGUGGAGGCCGCGGCGUAGUGAGAGUGGGCAACCCUGCUUCUCUAACCCAUUUGUUGAUGCGCAACCAGCGGUCCAUCAGAGACGUUCCUUGGCAAGUAAUUCAGCUUGCAGAGACGGCUGUUGCUGGGCAAUUUAAAGUGUGGGCGCUGGUGGGACACGAGCUCCACUGUCUCAAGCUCACAGUUCCUAGGAUAUUUUAUGUGAAUCAGCGAACUCCGAAGACUGACAAUGAUGGAAAUGGUGUUGUUUGGAGAAAAAUAAGCAAGACUUUACCGCGGUCUCACCCUGCGCUGCAUCUCUAUGAGUAUUGUGUGCCGGAACAAGUUUUUGUCGAGCACACAAAUAAGAUCAUGGCUGACUUCUCUACUCCUGAUAUUGAAGGAAUUUACGAGACUCAGGUUCCUCUAGAAUUCCGAGCCAUUGCUCAGCUAGGAUGCGUCUGCUUGGUUGACAGGACUCAGGUUAAAAUCGAAACGGAUUCCUUCACUUUGAGUCAGCUAAAAUUCAAAACUGUAGCCCAGUAUCGCUACCUGGAAGGUGACCCAUUACGUACAAUAUUUUUGUAUCACCACAAGUCAGGCAGUAAAGCUAUGUUUGGCGUGUUUUUAGCUUCUACAAAGAAAGCUCACAUUUUUGUUCUCGACACAGUACGCAGUAACCAAAUGCCCAACAUGGUGAAUCUCUACACAACCGAAAGAAAUCACAAACUUGAAGCUGACACUGAAGAGUCGGAUUUGCCUGCAGAUAAUUAUGCCUUCGACAUAAAGCUUGAAACAGAUGUGCGGCAAGUGUAUCGCCAAAUUCAGCGAGUUGUGCUGAACUACAAGGAAGAACGCAAGGGACCAACUUUCGUUGCAGUCCAAAGUCCUCAUGACAUUCAAGCUCUAACAACGCUUAUGCCUGGACUGCAGGACUUCCCUUUGGUGCCUGUCCACGUUGCUGAUGUCGACGGCCUUUACAAUGUUCUGGACUGGCAGAGAGUUGGAGCAAAGGCAAUGUUGCGACACUAUUUUGGAUUCAUUCCGAUUUACAGGACUGCUCUUGAGCAAAGUCGUUACUUCCAUGUGCCUGUUGGAAACUUGCCUGCAGACACAACCUCCUUUGGUUCCGAUUUGUUCUACGCUCGCCAUUUACAAAAGCAUAAUUGCGUACUCUGGUGUUCACCGACCAUCAGACCUGACCUAGGAGGUCACGAGUUUGAUGAUAACCGCCUUGUUGCCGAGCUAGAAGACUCGGCUCUUGUGACUGAAAUUUGUAAUCCUGGCUGCUACGAAACUGUUUGUGUUGAGCUCGACAUUGAUGCUCUAGCCGUGACGACUUUGCUUCAGGCACAUCACAUCAACGAAUCGGAGGGCACAAGUAGCAGCAUUGCCUUUGAUGCCGUGCCUCAAAUAUCCGUUCAAGACAUGAUUGGAGGGACAAAUUCGUCUGAAACUUCCAUAGCCUCGCUCACCUCGUAUGACGAAACUGCUCGUUGUGCUUCAGCGUUCAGAAUCCUCAGGCAGAUGGUGACUGCGUGGCUGAAAGACGUCACACUCUACCAGAACAUUUUUGCUGAUUUUCAGAUAAUUCACUUUUAUCGAUGGCUUAGAGAUCCGAAUGCCCUCUUACAUGACCCAGCUCUGCAAAGGAUGCUCCACACGCUCAUGAACAAACUCUUCCUUCAUUUGGUGUCCGAAUUCAAGCGUUUGGGGGCCAUUAUUGUCUUCGCCAACUUCAACAAGAUCAUUAUUUGCACAAAGAAGCGCAGAAUUGUUGAUGCAAUUUCUUAUGUCGAGUAUGUAGUUGAUGCCAUCAGAAAUAAGGAAAUGUUCCAUUCUGUGGACAUAAGUUUCAGCCAGUGUUGGGAGUAUCUGUGUUGGCUGGACCCUUCGAACAAUGGCGGCAUCAAGGGCAAGGUUCCUAAAGAUGUCUCAGACGAGACUCAAUCUCAAGCAGCGGUAGAGAGAGCUGGUGCUGUCGAAGGAGAUAGUGAACUCAGUGCCGCGGAUGAACCUGCUACUGAUGACGGUCCAGUGAUCGAGAUGAACUGGAAUCUGGCCGAGUAUUUGCCCGAUUGGUGUGAUGCUCAAACCAAUUUCAAUAAUGUCAUUGCUGCUUACAUGAGCGCUGUUUACGAGAAACUGACGGCAACCAAUUCUUUCGAGCCCGGGAUGACUCCCAUAAGGCGCCGUGAUCUCACUCAAUCAACCAGCAGCUCACUGGACUCGAGCUCGGCUUUAAAUGAAGAAAGUUCCAGCAACAAAGAUCAAGUACCAGAACACAUUCAGUUUGCACGCACUCUCAUCUCCGGUGAAUUGUCUCAAAAACUUUUCUUUAUUACACAAAAAAUUCAAAAGCGCGGCACACACAAACGCGAUGAGGACGAUGAUGAAGAAAAAGAAAACUUGCUUGUAACUCCGGCUGCCCUGCGUGGUCACCAUAACCCUGCGGUCGAGUUCGUUAAAAGCGUCUGCAAAGUUUUGUCUCUGGAUGCUAAUGUUACUGACCAGGUAACCAAGUUACGCCGCGACUUGCUGAAGUUGUGUGGUGUAGGAGAGUUCAGCGCGGAGGGUAUGUGGCACGACCCCUGUGUCUCCUACACGUUGCCUGAGCUCAUCUGUCGUGUGUGCAAUCACUGUCGCAAUCUCGACCUCUGCCGUGACCACAAUCAAACGCGAGUUGAUGGCAGGUGGUGCUGGCAAUGUCCUGUUUGCAAGAGUAACUACGAUACCUCGGCGAUCGAACACCAGCUGCUCUCCGUGCUGUACAACUCUUCCUUAGCGCUUGUACUUCAAGACGUACAGUGCGCCCGCUGCAAGCAGGUGAAGCAGCCGAACAUGACAGUGAUUUGUUCUUGCGGAGGAGACUUUGUAUGCAUCACAAACAAGAAGUCAUUCGAGGAGAAAAUAAAAAUUUUCGGGGCAAUAUCGCAUCAUUACGGCAUGCCGCUACUGAAGGAGGCUGUGGAGUGGGUGCAACAUGGCAACGGUUGGACUCCUACCGUUAAAGAUUGAGCGUUUGCUCACUGCCACAGCAGUUUAAAAUGAAACUGAUUAAAAAUAUGAUUUGAUAACAAUGACAAAAGAAAAGGUUUAUUCAAUCGUAUUAAUCUUAUUGGAAAUUUCACGAGUUAUAUUUUAAAUGGAAAUAUUUCAAGUUGUCGUGGUCUCGCGACGAUGCACGAUCGAUAAGUUACGGUUUAUUCACGCUUCAAAUUCGAAUUAGUUGAUUAUAAUUGCAUAGAGGCUUUUCAUAUCGUACAAUUGUUUCCUUCUGCCACUUUGCUGUCAAUAGCCAACAUCAACAAGAUGAUGAUUUUGCUACACUUGAGGUAUGAUAGCAUCCUGAAUUAUCCAUCAUAUCAUAUUCCUUUGAAGUUGUAUAGAAGUUGAGACCUGUAUAUAUGACUGGUCGAUUAUUUUAUGAACUUUUGUCUGUUUCUGUGCUACCAUUAAAGCACGGAUAAAAUUUUUUUCCCGCGAUAUCAGUAUUGAAGCAUGACCCAUACUGAUGAUAAUAUGGAUAAGUUGCUAGUACCGUUGUAAGAACUUCUUUAUUUAAUGCAGUAAACGGUUACAGUUGUCCAACAAAAGUUUA